AUGGAAGGAAAACAAGAAGAAUUAUCGGUAUUGGUUAUUGCUUCUGAUAGUGUUCAGCCAACAUCAACAAAUUCUACUACCACUUCUUCUUCUUUAAAUCAUGAUCUCUCCUCUUCCGAGGAUCUAUCCAAAAAGGAGGAAAAUAGAAGAACAAAAAAGUUUUAUGAUAAUCAAACAACAUACUUUAUGAAUGAACAGAGUAGAGCAUUCACUACAAGAAUUGCUCCUGCUGUAGUUUUGGAAAGUAAAAAGAAGGAUAAAUCGGAUAAGAGAGAUUUUGCUAGGGAAGCUAAGAAAAUGCAAUCGAAACCAAUUAAUGAAAAUUCUAAAAAGAUUAUUAAAGCUCCUUCAUUGAAGGAGGAUGACCAUGGUUUGGAAUUUGUCACAGAGGAAGAAUUGUCUAGAGUUAAACAAUUGGCACAAGACAAGUACCAAUUAGAUUUGGAUCAAUUGUUUCAAUAUGAAACUAAUCAGGAUUCUAAUAACGUUGAAUUGAUGGAAAGAUUGAAAUUGAAUCACAUUGACGAUAUUUCACUUUUACUUGAUAUUUUAAUACCACCUAUUUAUGCUACUCAAUUGAUUGAAUUUGGAAGAGAUAAUUUACCACUCAUUCUGCAAUGGGAAUAUAUUAUGGAUAAAUUAUUAUUAUCAGAUGAAGAUGAAGCACAAUUCAUCUUUCCACCUGGAAAGAAAAAACUUAGACAUUUGGAACACAACAUUACUGACUAUUAUAGAAUACUAUCUAGAGGUGUAGAUCCUGAACCACUUAGACGAGUUGCUGUUUUGAGGAAAAAAUCAGAAGCAAGAAGGCCUCUUGUUCUCUUGAGUGAAGUGUUGACCAAUUCUGCACGAUACCAACAACUUCAACAAUUGUUAAAAGACAGAAUUGAUAAGCUUACACAAGAGGAAGAACUUAAAAGGAUCGAGAAAAUCAAACGGAUUUUGGGUGACAAGUUUAAUGGAGCACCUAUCGAGGAGUGUGAUAGUAAUGGUUUUAAACUCGUAAUUUCAAAAAAGAGGUAUGAAGGUAAACCAAACAGAUCUAAGGCAAAAGGUCAACCCGUGCUAACAGGCCAAACUGAAGCUGCCACAACAGAGCCUAUUUCACCAAAGCCUUCAACAAGUAACUCUGAAGAAAAACCUCAAAAUCAAAAUCUCAAUUCGUAUGAAAUUCUGAAAGCUUAA